CAAAGACUCACCAAGCACAGGAAAGAGGAAAGACACCCGGGAAGUCCUGCAAGAUUCAAGGAGAUCCUAACAGGUGAGUGGGCGGAGUAUGAAAACCACCUGCAGCGGCAGGUACCAAACACCUGCUCGGCAAACCCAGAGGAGAGGAGCUGCUGCUCAGCAGGAUGGGUUCCUGUCAGGAGUUUGAAGUGACUGUUCACACCUCACCUGGUACCACCUGUGGAACCUACAGCCGCCUGUAUCUCAGCCUAAUCGGUUCACAAGGAGAAACUCCACCGGUCACAGUGAACGACAAACAUCAUCUACUGGCUGGAUCUACAUGUCUGGUCCUGGUCCGGGCCAAUGGUCCACUAGGUCCGGUGGUUCUGGUUCGGCUCCGACUGGAGGCUCAGAUUGGAUUCCCCAAUGUGGACUGGCACUGCAACAGAGUGGAGGUCCGCCAGCGGACCAUAGCUGAGGAUUCAGAAGCUCAGGUCUUCCUGUGUGACAAGUGGCUGCGGACAUCAGAUGGAGACGUGGAGCUCCGCAGUGGAAAGCUGUGUUUGCUGGCAGAAGAAACUGAAGAGCAGCUGAAGCAGCACCGACUCAGUCAGCUGCAGCACCAGCAGGAAGUCAUCAGGUGGCGGCUGUUCGUUGAAGGAGCUCCUCAGUGUGUCGAUCUCAAGAGUUUGGCCGAACUCGGGCCCAACCUCAGCUACACCCAUCAGAGUCCAGCCAUCAACAUGCACUACCUGAGGGGCUUUGCAGGCCGGGCUGAGCCCUGGACCAGUUUCUCUGAGAUGGAGACGGUCUUUGCACACACUGGACAUCAGAACAGCGCUGCCAGGUUUGUGAAGGCUCACUGGAAGGAGGACUGGUAUUUCGGCUAUCAGUGUCUGAACGGCUGCAACCCUCUGCUCCUGCGUCGGACACACACCGUCCCUCCAAACCUGGCCGUCACCUCCCACAUGCUCCGCCCCUUCCUACCUGCAGGCUCCUCCCUCGAAGAGGAGCUUCAGAACGGAAAGAUUUACCUGUUGGACUAUAAGCUGUUGGACGGGCUCGAAGGUAACCAGAUCAACGGAAAGCAGACGUACCUGUCCGCCCCAGUGUGCCUCCUCCACCUGAACCGGCAGGGACAGGUGGUCCCCAUCGCCAUCCAGCUCCAGCAGACUCCUGGUCCUGAGAACCCGGUCUUCCUGCCCUCUGACUCCAGCUGUGAUUGGCUGCUGGCUAAGAUCUGGGUCCACAGCGCAGACUUCCAGGGUCACCAGCUGGUCUCCCAUUACCUGCGGACCCAUAUGAUGGCAGAGCUGUGCUGCGUGGCCACGCUGCGGCAGUUUCCAGAGCAUCACCCGCUGCACCAGCUGCUGAUGCCUCACAUCAGGACGUCUAUGCAGAUAAACCUGCAGGCUCGAGCGUCGCUGCUGGCGGUCAACGGAGUCUUUGAUCAGGCGGUGGGUUCUGGUCUGAAGACCAUCCCAGAGAUCCUGCGCAGAGCGUCAGCCACCAUCCAGUACCGGUCCAUGUGCGUUCCUGACGACCUGUCGGACCGCGGCGUGGACAACCUGCCUCACAGCUUCUACGCUCAGGACGCGCUGCGGGUCUGGGAGGCGCUGCACAGGUUUGUGUUGGGCUGGGUCCACCUGUUCUACAGAGGAGACGAAGACGUCCAGAACGACUCCGAGCUCCAGAACUGGAUCACUGACAUCAACACACACGGCUUCACGCAGAACUCAGGUUUCCCUCAGCGUUUCCAGACCAAAGCAGAAGUGUCCCAGUGUCUGACCAUGUUCAUCUACUCCUGCUCCGCUCUGCACGCCGCCGUCAACUUCUCCCAGCUGGACUUUGCUCUCUGGAUGCCCAACUGCCCCCCCGCCAUGCUGCGUCCUCCUCCUCAGGUUAAAGGUGCCGUCACGGACCAGGACAUCCUGUCCUACCUGCCGGACAUUAACUCCACCCAGCGCGUCCUGAUGACGCUGAAAAUGCUCUCGCAGCCCGGCGUUGACUUUAUUCCUCUGUGUCACUACAGAGAGGCCAUCUUCAGAGCUGGCGCCCACCGGAGGCUGGUGGAGGAAGUGCAGGCAGAGCUCAAGGCCAUUAAUGAUGACAUCACAGAACGCAACAGGCACCUGGAGCUGCCGUAUACGUACCUCAGUCCGUCUGGCAUCGAGAACAGCGUCGCCAUUUAACUCCGCAUCCAUCAACCUUCUCCUGG